CUCCGGAAGAGCUGGCGGGGCCUGGGCACGGCCUAGGGGGGUCCUGCUACCCUCUUUCCCAGCGUUUUUCCGGGCCCUGGGCAAGUUCCGCGCGUGUCUGUAGGCGGCGGAAACGGCUGCGGGGACUGUCCCUGUAAAGGAGCCUAAUUCUCGCCCGUGAUGUCCGGGGGCUUCGAGUUGCAGCCGCAGGACGGGGGCCCCCGGGUGGCCCUGGCGCCCGGGGAGACCGUGAUCGGCCGCGGGCCGCUCCUCGGAUUUUACAAGAUUAUAUAUUUCAUGUGAAGGAUGAGGAAAUUUCACCAAAAUCAAGUAAGAAGGAAGAAAAAAUAAGCACUUUCAAGUCAAUUAACAAGAGAGAAGCAUUGUGGUUAUUUUGACAACUUAAGAAGUCUCUUCUUGUUUUGAUUUUUGACAUUUUGACUGUAAUGUGGCUUGGAGAGGACCUCUUUGGUUAAAUGUAUUUGGGGACUUUUGAGCUUCCUGGAUCUGGAUGUCCAUACUUCAAGACUCGAUAACAGACAAGAGAGUAUCCAGAAGACAUGCCAUUCUUGAGGUGGUGGGUGGUCAGCUUCGAAUCAAACCGAUACACACCAAUCCAUGUUUUUAUCAGUCUUCUGAGAAGCGUCAGCUUUUACCACUGAAGACAAAUCUAUGGCACUGGUUGAAUCCUGGAGAUAGUUUUUCUUUGUUGGUUGACAAAUACACUUUCCAUGUUUUGUCUACAGAAUCUGAAGUAGAUAUGGAAUGUACCUUAAGAAACAGUCAGAUGCUUGAUGAAGAUGACAUAUUGAAUGAAAUACCAGAAUCCCCUGUGAUUAAUGUACCAGAUGAGACUGGUGCCUCGCAGCUGGCAAGAAGCACAGAAAUAACCAAGCCCCAGACUACUACUACCACAGAUAGUGUGUCUUUUCUAGGUCAAAGUAGAGAAUUCAGUAAGCAGCAGCCAAAUCUUGCUGAGAGGAAAAGAUUCCUUCCAGCUUGGAUGUUAGAAAAUUUAAAUGAUCAGAACCUUUCAGCAGCAGUCAUCAGUGAAAGUAAUGUAAUCCAGGGACAUGGAAAAGAAGGAAAUUGCAAAGAUAAAACCCAAGUAAAUAUAAUACAGCAAGGACGAAAGCGAUUAAUUUCACCAGGAAGUUCAGAAAGUACAUCAGCAGAACAAGAAGCAGGAAAAAAGUCCAAAAAUGCUAAUCAGGAAGAAUCUGUCAUUUCAUCCAAGGAAAUGCCACAAUCAGCUUCUUCAAUUACAUUAAGUAACACAGAAAUGAAUAAUAUGAAGACUAAUACACAGAGAAGUGAAAUUCCAAUAGAGGAACUUGAUAAGGUUUCUGAACAUAAAAUGAUCACUACAGGCACACCAAGUAAAGACGAUGGGGUAGUAAGCUGUUCUGAGAGUUGUUCAAGUGCCCAAGACAAGUCAUUCUGGGAUAAGACUCAAGGAUCUCAUCCUGAGUCUAGUUCUGAUUGCUCCAAGUCUGAAACUUUGCCUGCAAAGUCAACUGAUUCAGUUCUGCAAGGAUGUAAAGAAAACCAGGUCAAGAGGACAUCCUGCAUAUAUGGUGCUAACUGCUACAGAAUCCCAUCCAUUUUCAACACUUCAGCCACCCUGGUGACAGUGAUUAUGGAGGUGUACAAAUCAGGAGCCAAGAUGAGACUGAUGACCGGCCUGAAUGUCCCUAUGGAGCAUCCUGUUAUAGGAUUUUAUGCAGUGCAUUAUUCCUGUUUUUACUUGUUAAGGAAGAAUCCCCAGCACAAGAUAGAAUAUAGACAUAGUACACUUCCAGUGAGAAAUGUUUCAGAAGAAGAUAAUGAUGAUGUUGGGCACCCCAAUGAGUAUGACCUGAAUGACAGCUUCAUAGAUGAUGAGGAAGAGUAUGAGCCAACAGAUGAAGAUUCUGAAUGGGAGCCAGAAAAGGAAGUCCAAGAGGAGGAGGACGUGGAAGAGCUUGUGAAAGAAGCAAAAAAGUUUAUGAAAAGGAAAAAUUAUGACUUUUACUAUUGACACUGCAAAGGAGACCGUGAAACUUCAGCCUUCACUGUAGUAGGUGGAACUUAAUUUGUUGCAAGCCUUUUCUAUUUAAAGCAUAUGGACUUAGGAAGAAGACAGAUAAGUUAAAGAGUAACAGUUGAUAUUUUUCAUAUACUUUGUAUGUUGGUAAUAAAAAGAAAAAGAUUUAGGUUGCACAAAACUUUGGUCUUUUUUCUUUUAUCCACUGAUUGUCUUUAUAGAGUAAUAUGCAAGUAUAACCAGGAAAAUUACAUGAUAGGUGGGAAAGCAUGUCUCUUGCAUAGCUAUUGAAGAAAUUUUUCAGGCAGAACCAAACUUUAAAAAAUGAAUCUUGUGGGUCAUUUUCUUUUCAUAUAAUGGCUAUUUUUUUCUAGUGCCCUAGAUGUGAGCUUUGCAUUUUCAUUCACUACUUUUAUUCUUUGGAAGUUGGGGAGAUUAGUAUCAAAUAGAUACUGAAAGUAGAUUCAUAUAGGAUGUAGGAAAGAAAUGCUCAAGAUGCAGGGAAUGCUAUUUUGUGCCUUACAUCUGUAAUUUACUGUGUAUCUGACUUUAAAGGUAGAACAACCCAAAGAAUUUGAUAUUUUUUUCAAGCUAAAGCCCUACCUGAUUAUUUUAAUUCCCACUGUGCUAUCUUCGUACACAGGAGAAGCAGUGUAUAAAGUGUAGAAUUAACAUUAUUUUCUCAAAUGAUUCUAGGUUUUAGACUUUAGGUGAAGGUAGCAAGUUACUUGCCAGUUGAAAGUUCAAGACUGUGGCCUCUUUUAUUAAAAAAUUACUUAUUCUCCAA